AUGAAAAAGGAUCUUUAUAAUUGGAUUGGUCGCCAAAGACGACAGGAAGCAGAAGAAGGGGAAACAGACGCUGAAGGUGCACUCGGUUACCUAGAAUGUCUCGGUUUGCGUGACCCUGAUUUCUAUGAAACACACACAAUUGACAAGGACUUCAGAUUGGCAGACCUGUUCUGGGCCGAUGGAAAUUGUCGUAGAGAUUACAAUUUGUUCGGUGAAAUCAUGGCUUUUGACACGACAUAUAGGAAAAAUGCAUACAACAAACCAUUACUAAUCUUUGUCGGGGUGAACCAUCAUUUCAGAACAAUUGUUUUUGCAGUUGCAUUGUUAUACGAUGAGACGGAGGAGACAUACAUAUGGGUUUUACAAGAAUACUUAGAGUGCAUGAAAAACAAGGCACCGCAUGUUAUUGUCACCGACGGAGACCACGCUAUGGAAAACGCAAUAAAGGUAGUCAUGCCUCAGUCAGUCCACCGUUUGUGUGCGUGGCACCUUCAGGCCAACUUAACCAACAAUGCACCUCACCCACUUUUCAAGGCAAAAUUCAACGAGCUCCUUUAUCAAUAUUGUACCGAGGAACAAUUAGUGGGUCGUUACAAGAACAUUCGCCACACCGAAAGGGAGGAUGACUUCAUCAGUAACCACACUUCGCCCAGUAUACCAACAAACGUCCUCCACCAGUACUACCAACAAGUUGCCUCCAUUCUUACCAAGACCAUGUACGAAAAGGUGGCAGAGCAAAUCAGUAGUGCUCUUUCAUACUCAGUUGACUCUGCAGAUGUAACAGUUAACAGUCGGUCGUACUACUUGACACGUUUCCCAAAAGGACUAGUACGGUGUCAAGUGAACUACGACACUGACCAUGGACACAUCAAUUGUACAUGUAUGCUGUUCGAGUCCGAUGGAAUUCCAUGUCGUCAUAUAUUCGCUGUUAUGAAGCACUUGAACAUACCUUGCAUUCCAGACUUUCUUUUUAAGGCUAGAUGGAGGAAGGAUGCUAAGAGCUCGGGAUCAUUAAAAUCACGAUUCAAUGCAAUGGGAUACUUUGCGACCAAGCAAACCGACACUUACGAAGAGGCCAUGAAUGAGAUGUCUCGGUUGGAGGAGAAAUUUAAGUCAAUGUGCUUCCAAUUUUGUAAUCAUUCCGGUGACACAAACAUUGAGCAAAAUGAGAACCACUCCCACCCAUCAAACAGAGUGAUCCGAGAUCCAGCUUUAAUUCGGACUAAGGGGAGGGAACCUAAUAAAAAAUCAAAAGGAAAGGAGAAGGAGCAUGAUAACAAGGUGGCUAACAAGAGAAGAUGCAGAAACUGCAACGAGUUAGGGCACAACAAGGCAACUUGCAAAGUUCAACCUCAAAUUCAAAUAACUCAACAAUUUCAACCAUUUUCUAAGUUUCCAUCCACAGAAGCAAGUGUAUGUUGUGGCUUCAUCCAGCCUGGAGAAAGCAAUGACGAUGGCAAUAAUGACACAUCUACACCAUGGUAA